AUGGACAAAAAUAGACUAUCUGUAACGGACAAUGACCGUUACAGAUCAAACGGUUCACCUUUACGUGGAAUUGAGGAGAAGUUUUCAUACGUAGUAUUGAGACGAGGAAAAAGACCGCAGCUUUUUGUGCAAUCAAAUUGUUCAAAUUGGAGAGAUCUCCAAAACGAGAAGCAAAAAAGUGUAUAUGCUAGUUCUGUUAAUGAGAAGUUGCUGUAUGAAUGUUCAAUUCUCCAAAAACGGCUUGAAGAAUCAAGUGUAAACUUCCUGGUUGAAGAGGAAGACAAAUUAGUUCUGGAUACUUCACCAUCAGAUGCUAUCGAUCUUCUUACCACGUCUGAUAAUCGAAUUGAUCUUCUUCUGGCUGAGUACAAGAUGACUUAUCGAAGCAAGAGAACAAGGGAAAUACUUGCUGCCACAGCUAAGUCACAAGAUCCAAAAUCAUCACAGUCACCAAAGACAACUGCAUCUAAGUUUCAUGAUCCACUAUCAUAUAACCUUGGUACUAGUGCUGUGAAAACUUUGGCAUCAACUCCUAUUUCUCACCAACCACUUCAGCAUCCUCAACCUGGGAAGGGAGGUUCUCAGAACCUUGGUACUAGUGCUGUGAAAACUUCGGCAGCAACUCCUAUUUCUCACCAACUACUUCAGCAUCCUCAACCUGGGAAGGGAGGUUCUAAGAAAACUUCAGCAGCAACUCCACAGUUUAAUCAAACACAUCAAAAAAGUGAUGAAACUUCCAAUGAUAUCUCGAAAAAAACUAAGUCUCUACAACCAAAGUCACUUGCCGAUUGGCCUGUAGACAUAGAUUUUGAUGAUAAGGAGGAGGUUUUGACCAUAGACGCCAAUGGUAAUACUACAUUGGUGAGUGGUAUAAUUCUGCCAAUUGACGUUUGGAGCAAUAGUGACCUCAAGUACUAUGUUGAAUUCAAUGAUCUAUGCCAACCGAUUAGGAAAGGUGGACAUAUAUUGGUUAAAUUCAUUGGUAUGAUUGCAAAGAUGGAGACUCAUUGUCCACUUGGAGAAAAAAAUUGGCAUGCAAUCGACAACCAUAUAAAAGGAAGGAUAGUUACGGAUAUGAGAGACCACUUUGUGAUUCCUAAUGGUGUGGAAUAUGACAACCAAGCUCUCAAGCGUGCCAAUAAAUUCUGAAGACAGUUCAGAUUCUCUUUGAAAAAAGAGCAUUACAAGCCAUAUGAGAAAACAGUGGAAGAGAUGUGUAAUCAGGAACCACCGCAUGGAAUAAGCAGGAACAAUUGGGUAAAGUUGGUGAAGUACUGGGAUUCAGAGAAAGCGAAAAAUUUGUCUAUAGCUGGAAAAAAGCACGAGCCUUCGUAAAUCAGCUUCACAGAUCUAGCUCUUAUAGCUUUGCAAACCAACAAGCUGAUUAUGAAGAUGAACAUGGA